GUGAAAGUUCAGCCACAGCUGGAGGGAAAGAGACCGAUGAGCGACGGAAAUACUCACUUAGCUUCAGUAAAGACGGUGAAACACACUACAGUACUACAGUACCGCAAUACUACAGUACUGCAAUACUACAGUACUGCAAUACUACAGUACUGCAAUACUACAAACAGGGAGACGUUUCUUAAUGUGCAGUAAAUUCAACAAAACGCAACAAUUCGAAGCCGUAUUUUUUUGCGGGUUCCAACGUGCCAACGACUCUUUGUGCCGCCGGGCGGCGCCACUAGUGACGUUUUAAACGGAUUAACCGCCUUCUAAUCUGAUGCAACUCGGAGCCACAAACUGUCUAGACGUUAUGCACUUGUUCCCUUCACUCCUUCCCUCCCUUCUUGUUCUCCUUCAUCUCCUUCAGCCCGUCCGCACUUUGUCCUCCGACUGCGUUGAGCCUUUUCUUCCCUCUUCAUUUGUCUACAUCUUCCAUCAUCAUGUCCUGGAGAUCGACGUCUCUGUCUGUCUCCGUCCUCCUCCUCCUCCUCCUCGGGCUUCAGAGCACCUGGACUCACGGUGAGGACCCGUCGUGGUGAUGGAUUCACGUGUUCAUGUCUCCACGGAGUCACAGGGGGGGAGCGGGAGCCGCAGCGCUCAGCUGGAAACAAAAGACGGAGACGGAAGGGAAACACACCUUUCAUCAUGAAAUAUGCAUCAUAGGUCGACCUCGUUUUAGAAAAGCUCGGUUCGUCUCCUCCUUUGAUUUGGAGCUUCCAGAAAUUGAUGGUUUUCCGGUGGAUACCUGCAAGAUUUUAUUUAACACCCCGACCACGACCACACCCACCACCACCACGGAGACGACCACACCCACCACCACCACGGAGACGACCACGACCACACCCACCACCACCACGGAGACGACCACGACCACACCCCGCACCAUGGAGCAGCUCGUUGUCACAACCAAAAAGCCGGCGGUCCAAGAACCACCGAAGGAACCAGAAACCAAAAACACCAGAACACCAAUCAGGCCACGGCCAGCUCCAGCAGGACCAAUGACAGACAGCCUGCUCGACUACCUCCUGGCCAACGGCAGAGGACGCGCGGCUGGCCCCGUACCAGGGUUCGGCGGCUUUGACUCCCAGCCAAUGGGAGGGCUUCCUCACGGAGGCUACGGCGCGACGUCGGACAGCGAUGAAUCUGGUGCAUCGGCGGAGAAAAGAGCGGGGAGGCCCGACGGGAACAGAAGGGACUCGGGUUCGUCUUCCUCAGAAGACUCGAGUGACGAGUCUUGAAAGAGGUUGUUGGGUUUGGACUUUACAGAUGAGCACAUCUGCUGGUCCGUUAGCGGGUUUGUGUGUUCUCUGCCUCCAGUACACGAGAAGCCAAAUGUUGGAGCUUCCUCCUUCACACGUGAAUAUUAACAGAUUUCAAGGAGAGUUUACGUUCAAGAAUGUUAGAUUAUGAAGCUUCUUUAUUCUCAUAAUGUUUGUUUUAACACUUCUAAAAGUACAAAUAUAUACAGUGAUCCGCUGUUAAGUACCAAAACCUGAAAACCUUUGAUUGACAGUAAAUAAUAAAAUGUAUCAUUUCAUUCUGGUCAUUUUUUGCUUUAACGCUUGACAGAUAACCAGUGAGGUGGCAGAGCGCUGUGACCACGACCUAAAAUCCACCAGGGUGCACAUUCAUGGAGAUGUUGAGGUUCUAUAUUAUUAAAAUAAAGGGGCUUUUGUCACGGUG